UGAAAGGGUUGAGGCACUUGCCAAAGUCCUGGGUUAGCAGAUCCAAGUUUCAGAGCGAAAAGGCACGGGUCUCCCCAGGUGGUGCUGGUGUUAAAAUGGGAGACGUCUUCAACUCUCUUAGGCAUGACAGCCUAUUUUGUAGUUUCCCAGCAGGGGGUGUCUCUGAAGUCAAGGACCAAUACCCAGCUUACGGCCCCGUGGAGGUAUGGGUGGAUACCUCAACUAGAGCCAAAAUCUCCCCCUAACUCAUAUUUUGGCCCAUAACUUUCCAUCUACACAAAGGACAUUCCACCCGCGGGUAGAUUUUAUUAUGCAGACAAAUCUGAGGAUUGA